AUGGCUGUUGUUGAGUUCCUUGUCGAGUUCCUUCUACAAAAACUCGCUGACCAGCUAAUUCAAGAAGCUGCUUUCUUACAUGGGGUUCGUGAUCAAGUCGAAUGGCUUGAGGCAGAAUUUAGGCGGAUACGAUGCUUCUUGAAAGAUGCAGAUGCCAAACAAGAAGGAGAUGAAAGAGUGAAGAACUGGGUGCAGGAUGUGAGAGAUGUUGCAUACGAUGCUGAGGACGUUAUUGACACCUUUGUCUUCAAGAUAGCAACCAUGAGGCGAAGAGGAUUUGUAGGCCGCAUUAGAAGGUAUGCUUUCAUCUUCAAUGAGUUGAUAGGUCUACAUAAGGUGGGAUCGGAGAUCGAACGGAUAAAGAAUAAAAUCCGUGCGAUCUCCGAAAGUAGGCUGACUUAUGGAAUUGAAAAUAUAGGCCAAGUAGCAGCGGGGACGAGCUCCGCGGGUCUAAGCCGCCAAGAGUGGAGGCUCACUUCUCCUCUUUCUCAAGAGCCAGAUUUUGUUGGCUUUGAGAAAGAUUUGGAGAUAUUGGUGGCCCGAUUGACAGACGGAGAGUGCCGUUGUGUUGUUUCUGUAGUUGGAAUGGGUGGUCUUGGGAAGACCACUCUUACGAAGAAAGUUUAUAAUGACAUCCGUGUUAAGACACAUUUCGAGUCUUCCGCAUGGAUUUCUAUAUCGCAAGAGUAUGGUGUGAGAGAUCUUCUUCAGAACAUCAUAAAUCGCUAUAUGGUGCUCUCAGAAGAUGAGCUCAAGAAAGUGGAGAAAAUGGAUGUCUUUCAGUUGAGGCACAAAAUUUAUGAGCAUUUGCAAAGGAAGAGAUACCUGAUGGUAUUAGAUGAUAUAUGGACAAAUGAAGCAUGGGAUGAUCUCAAGGAUGCUUUCCCUGAUAUGAAGAAUGGAAGCAGGAUCAUGCUCACCACGCGCAACAAAGAUGUAGCUUUACAUGCAGAUGCACAAAGCCCGCCGUAUGAAUUACGUUUUUUAGAAACAGAUGAAAGCUGGGAAUUGUUUCGUAGGAAGACAUUCCAAAGACAAGAUACUGGUUGCUCGCAGGAUUUGGAGAAGUUGGGAAGAGAGAUUGUGGAAAAAUGCCAUGGUUUACCUCUUGCGAUCGUUGUCAUUGGAGGGCUCUUGUCAAGGAAAGAAGCAUGGGAGUGGGAGAAAGUACGCAAGACCAUUAGCUGGCAAUUUGUCAAAGGACAACCCCAAAUCUCUAAAAUAUUAUCUUUGAGUUAUGGAGAUCUGCCCCAUCACUUAAAACCAUGUUUUCUCUACUUAGGGAUUUUUCCAGAAGACUAUGAGUUCCCUGCUGCCAAGUUGAUUAGAUUGUGGGCUGCAGAAGGGUUUCUGCAGCAGAGAGGAGAUGAAACUCUAGAAGAGGUGGGAGAAGAUUGCCUAAAAGAGUUGAUUCAACGAAGUUUGAUUCAACUUGCGAAAAGAAGUUCAAGUGGGGGUAUUAAAAGUUGCCGUAUUCAUGAUCUUUUACGGGAUCUUUCCAUAUCAGAGGCGAAGGAAGAUAAGUUUCUCCAAGUUCAUCAUGAGAAUGUGGAUACUCUAUCGACGUCUAAAGCCCGUCGACAUGCAAUUUACCGGACUGCCUCAAGUGAGUGCUCUUCCUCAAAAUCUUCCACUCCACUCCUUCGAUCCGUGUUGAUCCACACCCAAGCUGAUCAUGAGAGGCUCUAUGGACCAAAACAAGAGAAUUUUCUCUGCAGGGGCUUUAAAUUGCUCAGGGUGUUAGAUCUACACCAUGUAGCAAUAGAAGAGCUACCAAGUGAGUUAGGUGCACUGAUCCACUUAAGAUACAUCAGCUGUACCAACACUUGGUUAAAAAAGCUCCCAUCAUCGAUCAGCAAUCUUCACAAUUUACAAACACUAACUGUAACAACUUAUGAAAAAGUCCUUCACAUACCCAGCAUCAUAAUAGAGAAGAUGAAACAGUUAAGACAUGUCCAAGUGAAGAAUGCAUAUGGAGGUCCUUGUGUGUUAGAAGGGCAUGCGCGACUCGACCGGAUUAGUAACCUCAAAACUCUAUCAUAUGUAAAGGCUGGUGAAUGGAUGCAUGCUUGCUUGGGAAAGCUCGUCAAUCUUAAAAAACUAGGAAUGCGUUUAGAUGAUGAAGGAGUGUAUGCUGAGGUAUUGUAUGAAUCCAUUGUGAAAUUGGACUGCCUCCAGUCCUUGUUUGUGACAGGAUCCCCAUUCCCAUUGAAUAUUCCUUUUCCACUUCUUCACAAGUUAUGCAAGUUGCGUUUGGAUGGAAAGUUAGAGAAGUUACCUGAGUCUGUUCAACUUCCCACAAACCUCACCAAGCUUACCUUGAAAUACUCCUUUUUAUUACCUGACCCACUGCCGAUGUUGGAGAAGCUGAAGAACCUUCGCAUUCUCAGAUUGCUGGACUGGUCAUACAGGGGAGUGGGAAUGGCUUGUGCUGCACAAGGAUCAAUGCUUGCGAUAAUUUGA